AUGACUCACUCGAAUCGGGGAUCGAAGAGGUUCUCGACUGUCAGUGGAAGCCCCUCUACUGCUUCGUCGGAGCGUACCCUAGGAAGCCUGCCAAGCGGUGAUCCUCGACUGGCCGAAUUCCACAAUUUGCGUGAUGGAUUAGAGCGCCUGGAAAACAAACCGCUCCAAAAGCAACGCUUCGUCCCUACACCGGAGAAAACCGAUAAUUUGAACAAGCUAGCUCUUAGUGCCAAGGUAGAACGCGCCCUUGACCGGAGAAUGACAGGCCAGGAUGCUAUCAUGCGAAAACCCAUGCUGAGCGAGAAACCGGCCAUCGAAGCUACCUCUGCGUAA